CGUCCGCUUUAACCCUCUGUCACCCCCACACUCGCAUUUAACCCGCGGUUCAGGUUCUACUCCAUACAACCAUGUUCCAUUCCUCGACCGUCUCUCAUCCCUGUGGUUUUGAUUAAAACAGUACUGCCUUGCGACUUAACGCUGGGUUUCUUCUCUGGUCGGCGAUACAUUUUACAAGUAACUUUUCUUUUCCUAACUCGCAAGUGUUAUUAACACAGAUAAUAUUAUAUUUCCGAUAUAUUUACUACCUUUAAAAUGUUAUAUUCAGGAAAAUCCUGACAACAUAGGAUUGUGCAUACUUUCUAAGAAGGUUUCCAACAUUCUGAGUGAUCCCAGUGGUCGGUGCUAGAACUGUCGAAAAGGUGUCACAUACUCAAGUAUUGUACUUCUAGGACGGAACUCAAAAUCAAGGCCUCCAAAACACGUUCGUAAUCGGAGCGAAGUCCAGAAAAAUUAUCGUAAAUCUUCCUCUCUUUUGGCACUCGGCUCUGUCUUCGUUUCUCUACGUUCCAAUCAAGAAGUGAUAAUAUUGGCGGAACCGCUGGAGAUCGAAUCAGAUACUAUAAGAUAUCCAGAGAAAUUCAAACCAAUCUGAGAAGUUUAUAGGCAUAUUUCAAGUAAAUUCAGGGGAGAUAAGCCAAGAAAAUCCAGGGGAAGCAAGAGACAUCUAUAAAUUUCCAGUGUUGAUUAAAAAUUGCAAGGAGAAGCCACCAUGAGCAGGACACAGCGACAGGAGAGACAGGGGCGUCAGGAGGACCUGGAGCACCUAAAAUCCUUGCACCUGCUGGACAAAACGCUGCCUAUUUCGGUGGCCACCGCACCCGAGCUGCGCUCCCGCCGCCAGUUCAGUUUCAAUGGCCUGCGCUACGAGAUGAGUGGGUUGCCACGGACGCCGCCGCCGCUGCAGAUGCAGCUCUCGAGGCUCAGGGCGGGUGGAGGAGGUGGUGGCUCCCAGGGGAAGAUGCAAACUCAUGGCUCCGGCCACUCCAUUGCUGCAAAGCCCGUCGUGGAGUCAGCUGGCGGAGAUCAUCAGGGUGGUGGAGGUGCUGCUAGUGGUGCUGCUGGUGUCCCACGACCGGACCAAAAGGCAGUGCUGCCCAAGCGGGUGUCCAUAGGCGACCGAGCCCUUCUGAUGAACGGAGGCGUUCGGAUGCCCCGGCGAUGCGAGAUGGAUUCGUCCAAGGAGAAGCCCACAGCUGCACAAAGGUCAUCCUCAACGGAGUGGCAGCAUAAGAAGGAGGAGAAGCAGAAGCAGGAAUCCUUGAGGCGGGAAAGGAAGCACCGUCGCAGGCAGCAGCAAUCGCAGGAGUUGGAGAAGAGGAGGUCCUCCCCGGAAGUGGAGACAUCCCCCGGCCUGACCUCUCAGCAGAGCUGGAUGUUGGCCCAGUCCCUGCUGAAGGCCUACGGCAGUGGACUGGUUCACCCGGCCGCCGGCGAGGGAGCCUCCUCCAAGAUGGACUACAUCACGCUCUCGGGACUGGUGCUCGGCUGUGUGGCCUCGCAUGCCCUCUUCUUCCUGUGCUGGUACUUCAGUUGGCUGAAAGCCCAGGCGGUGGGUCUGCGGAAACGCUUCCUGGGCAACGCCAAUCUGUGGGAGUUCUUCGACCUGGAGGACACCAGCCGCUACUCGGUGCAGACCAAACUGGUGCUGGCACCGCUGAUCCUCGUCUGCGGACUGCUCUACUGCGUGGUCAACAUGCUGCACCUGGUGGUGCAGGUGGUGCGAUCGGAUGUGCCGCGCACAGUGGUUGUGUUUGUCCAGCGGGUGGCGAACAGCGGUCUGCUGGGCACCAUCACCAUGGGACUGGCCGGCGGAGGAGGACAAGGGGUGCGAGGCGGACGCCAGAAGCCAGCUAUCCAAUAAUAUCGGUCGAUUCCACGUCCCAUCGUUGUAGUUAAAACUGGCCAACCUUAGUGCCUUGGUGGCCUAUUUAUUAAAUAAUAAUAAUAUAAAUAUAAAAAUAACCGCAAAAUUGGUUGUAAUUAAUCAAUUUUAA